AUGAGAAACAAACCUAGUUACAGAGUUAUGCUAAUUAGAACACAAGUGACAGGUGGUUCAGAGCAAGCUUCUGCCAAUACCUUGAUCCCUGCUGGCAUUCCAGAUCCAAAGAUUGCUACAAAGCGUAUCAAGAAUCAUAAAGGCAAGCUCCUAAAGGGUGCCUAUGAGUGGAUCCUUUCCAACAAUGAAUUCAAACGAUGGCGAUAUGAAGAUGAUCGCCGGCUUCUCUGGAUCAAAGGAGAUCCGGGCAAAGGCAAAACAAUGCUCCUCUACGGCAUCACUGAAACAUUGGAAGAGGAAAUGAGGGCUAGGAACGACCAAACUUGGGUCCCGAUCUACUUCUUCAUUCAGGCGACCGAUGAUCAUCUCAACAGCGCCGAAUCGGUAAUGCAGGGCCUUCUUGCCUUUCUCAUCCAGACAAGCCAAUAUCCACGCAGUAAAUACCUUGAUUCAGACAGCACUCAUCGUGCGAAUUGGAUCACACUUGUCCAGAAAGUCGAGGAGGUAUUGCGAGAUUUGGACGAGCGAGGCGUUUACUUGAUUGUAGACGCCCUCGACGAAUGUGUGACUGGACUUGACAAACUACUCCAAGUCAUUGUGGAACUCUCUGUAUCAACAUUGAAACGAUUCAAAGUCCUCGUUUCAAGUCGUAACUGGACAGAGAUUGAGGAUGAACUGAGCUGUUCGGAGCAGACAAUUGAGAUAUCUCUCGAGUAUUACAAAUCUUCAGUCGACCAUGCGAUUGGCUUCUUCAUUGCUGAUCAGGUCGCCUUGUUAGUGAAAAGGAAACGAUAUUCCGAUGAUCUACGAGAGAAGGUUCGAGGAUAUAUAAGUUCCAACCCUCGCAAUACCUUUCUAUGGGUUGCAUUGGUUUGCAAACAACUUGCCGAGCAUAAACUUGCCGACAGUACGUACGCAACGUUGAGAUCCAACUUUCCACCAGAACUCAAUGGAUUCUAUGGAAGGAUGAUGGAAAGCAUCGACCGGUCAUCCGAGGAUCCGGAUCUUUGCAAGCAGAUGCUCGCCAUAGCUUGUACUGUGUACCGCCCGAUCAAUUGGCGAGAGAUGAAAUCGCUGCUGAGGCAUCCCACACAAAACAGCCUUGGUUCUGUCAUUGGACUAUGUGGCUCGUUUUUGACCACGCAAGAGGAUGACAGAAUGCAGGAGGAUGACAAAAUCAUAUCAUUUGUCCAUUUAUCUGCAAAAGAUUUUCUCCUUGAGAACCAAGGUGCAUCGAGACAGAUUUUGCCGCAUGGAAUCACCCAUCAGCACUACUAUAUCUCCGAAAAAGCGCUCAAGAAUCUGUCUACGGUGCUCAGACGUGACAUCUAUGGUUUGAAAGAACCAGGAUAUCUGGCCAAGGAUGUCUCGCCACCGGAUCCUGACCCAUUGGCCCCAGUUCGGUAUUCCUGCGUUUAUUGGCCUAGCCAUGUCCUCGAAUUUGGCAAGCCAACAGCGCUGGAUGAACUCAACACCACUUCCCUACUACCUUUUCCGGACAGGAAAUUUCUCAACGAAGCAAUCAAGGAUGAUGGAAUUGUUUACCGCUUCAUCCAAGAGAAAUAUUACUACUGGCUCGAGGCUCUCAGCUUAUUGUCGGCAAUCCCUGAGGGAGUUGAAGCAAUGAACAGGCUCAAGUCUUUUUUGGUAUGA